CCAAUCACAGAGAGCUUCGGGGGAAAACCCCGGCCAAUGCCCGCCGCCCUGUUAUUUACACAGAGACCGACCCGGCCAAUCAGGAGUCGUCACAGCGCAAGGAUUCUGACCCCUCCAGCCAAUGGGAUCGGGGAGGCACAGAGUUUUGUGGGAGUGCAUAUAAUCAACAUAUUAUCCAAGGUGGCUCAGAUAUUGAUCCGGUAUUCCUAGGUAGUUCAAAUUCACCUCCCGCUGCCCUUCGGCUUUGAACUCAUUUGUCUCUCUCCUCUCCCUCCUCCUUCUUCGAGCUCGGCUGGAGAAUUAUUCACGCGCAGAAAUGCCGAAGAGAAAGUCCCCAGAGGGUGCUGAGGGUAAGGAAGCCUCUAAAGUCACAAAGCAAGAGCCCACCAGAAGGUCAGAGAGAUUGUCGGCGAAACCUGCUCCGCCCAAAGCUGAGGUGAAGCCCAAGAAGACCGUUGUCAAGAAGGAAGAAAAAGGAGCAAAGGCCAAGAAGGGCGGCGGUAAGGGGAAGAAGGAAGAUGGUCCGGCCCAGAAUGGGGAGACCAAGGCCAACGAGAUCUAUGUGUCUCGUCCAUCUGUGAGUGUGUCCUCCAUCAGAAGCAUGGCUCCCUCCUUGAUGUCAGUGAAAGGGCAGAGCGAGACAGUCAGAGUUAAGGGUCUCUGAAGCAGCAGACGAGGCGACCGACGAGAAGGCGUAAGGAUUCCAACUCGUCCACCGACUCGUCCGCUCCAACUCCAUGGCAGCAAAGCAUCUUUUUUUACUGAUGAUUUUUUUUUUUUUUUUUUGUACCAUGCCAUUUUUUUUUUCUCUCUCUCUUUUUUUGAUUAGCGAUAGCGAUGGACAACCAGCAGAACCCUCAUCCUCCCGCUCCCUCUUGCAUCCCGUGUUGCUUUAGAAUACAGCGCUCAUCUUAGAUGUACAAAGGCACAUUGAAGUGAUUUUAUCAGACAGUUGCAGAUGUUAUUUGUGAUGCCUGAAAAACAAAAGAAAGAAGAAAAAACGAGAUUCUGGGGCAUAAAUGUGACUGUUAUGAUCUCUAAACCAGUUUGGCCUCCUAUUUGUAGUUAUUCCUCUGCGAAGAAGGUCACCAUUAUCGGCCUGUCAUGAGGAGAUGCCCUGAUCUCUAGCCCUCUCCCUCGCCGCCCCCCAGACUCUUUGGGGUAAGGUGGAAAGUUAAAAAUGCAGAGCAGUGGGAGACCAGACAACAUAAGAAACAUCUGCAGUUAAAAAAAAAAAAAAAAUACAAUUCCUAGUUUUUAGAAUCCCUAACGCCGUUCCACAUGGCUCCUUUUGUAUGUGUGUGUUGGAGUGGAAGUGUUUGUGGGUAUUUUUUCUUUCUUUCUUUUUUUUUGAACAUCUUGUCCUGAAGCAGAGUGACAUAGCAAUAAACGAGUGGUGCUCCUGUUCUGGGCGGCUCCGUCGGCGUCGGACCCUCGGGGCUUCGGCGGAGUUUCAUCCUGUUAGGAGAGAAUAUUUUGAAAUAAAAGAAAAAGUCCAUCACACAUACCUGCCA